UACUGGUGAUUCUCUGUCAAGCGACGAAUACCAGAGUUGACAGUUAUCAUGUUACGUUUAAUUUUUUUAUUCUAUUUUUUGUGUCCCGUGUUAGGUUAUUUCACGUUACCGGGAAGAUGUCCAGAUAACGUCGCAUUGCAAGAGGAUUUUAGGCUAGCUGAUUUCUUCGGAAAAUGGUAUCAAGCCUACCACUAUUCAAGCGAUGGUCAGCAACUUAACAAUUGUACCACGAUCGAGCUGAUGAACAGACCUUCUGGGAUCUACCUUAACCAAUCCAGAAUAGAUCUCGGUUUGUUCCAUCGCUUCAGUGUCGGAAAAUUGGACAUACCAUCGAAGACUGAAGAUGCGUCAAAGCUUGAUUUGAUCUUUGCAUUUAAGAAUGCUCCAAGAAGAUUGAAGACGAGAAAGUACCCAUUCCGUAUAUUGGCAACUAACAACAACUACUAUGCUACUGUCUACACAUGUCAGUAUAGUCAACUCAUCGACAAACAUUUUAUUUACGUCUGGAUUUUAUCAAGAAAUCCUACUCUUAAUGCAGUAUCAAAGGAAUUGGCAAUAAAACCUCUUCAGCAAAUCGGCGUUGACGCAGCAUUAUUAGUGAAAGAUGAUAGAAACACUUGCACUCCUAAGUACUAUGAAGAUGUGCCGGUUGAACCGAAGACAUUUAGGUUUCCAGUACCAAUUUAGAUUCUGAUUUAUAUUUAUCUAUAAAAAAAAAUUGUAACUGAUAUUGUAACAAAUAUAAUUUUGACGAAUUUCAAACAAUUGAUGAUGUUAAAAACACGUGUAAUAUAACAUAAUUAUUAUCUAUUAAAUUUUUAAAAUUAAAUUCUUUAUUUAAUGUUUAUUUUUAUAUGUAAUGUGUAACCGAUACAUCUUAAGAACACAGGUUACAGGUUUUGCAAUUUAAAUAUUGAGACAUUAGCUUUCCA